AUGGAACAAUUAAAGCCUCCAGGUGAACUUUGCCUGGAAGGAAACUUAGCAGAAAAUUGGCGAAAGUGGAUUCAAAGCUUCGAACUUUUCCUCAUUGCGAGCGAAAUUGGCGAGAAAAGCGAGAAAGUCCAGUGUGCCACGUUUCUACACGUGGCCGGCGAAGAAGCUCGUGCCGUAUUUAACGCCUUCGACUUUGCCAAGGAAGGUGAUGAACACAAAAUCGAUAUCUUAAAAGACAAAUUCAAACAGUACUGUGAACCACGAAAGAAUUUAACGUUUCUACGCCAUCAAUUUUUCACACGAUCACAAGGACCAACUGAGACAAUCGAUGCUUUUGCUACCGAUUUAAGAAACAAAGCUAAACAUUGCGAAUUUAGUACAUUGACUGAUAGUCUUAUACGUGACAGAAUAGUCGGAGGAAUCAGAAGUGAUCAACUACGAGCAAGAUUACUUCGUGAAGCGGACCUAUCCUUACAAAAAGCUAUCGAUAUAUGUCGUGCGAGUGAAGCAAGUGCAAGAGAGUUGAAAGAAUUUAACGAUGACAACGACAAGUCCCUUCAUGCACUGCAAAGAUCUAAAUUUACUUACCCGAGUAAAUCGCUAAAUCCAAGGUUGUAUUCAAAACAACAUCAGUCAACCCAGCAGUCAAACUAUGGCUACGUGCAACGAAAGUGUGGAAAUUGCGGUGGAGAACAUUCUAGUUAUCAAAAGGCCUGUCCAGCUUUUGGCAAGAUUUGUAAUAACUGUCGAAAGGAAAACCAUUUUGCUCGAGUUUGUCGAUCGAGAUUAGUGCCAGUGAAUAAGCAAGCAUUCCAAGUUGAUACCCAAGAUGAGAUGGAUGAUUUUUUCAUCGGAAUGGUGGAAAAUUCUAGCGACGACGACUGGACCGAAAAUAUUAUAAUAAACAACAAAGCUAUUGAAGUUAAACUUGACACUGGCGCACAGUGCAAUGUCAUGUCACGCAAUGUUUACAACAGCAUUGUUCAAAAUAACAUCGCUCAAAAUAACAUUUUCCCGAUUGUUGCAUCGAAUGCCAGAUUGGUAAGUUACUCAGGGCACAAAAUCACUCCAGUUGGAAAAACAAGAUUUGAAUGUCAGCGAAAGAACAAGUUCUAUCAAAUCACAUUUCAGAUAAUAGAUGAAGAUGCUCCAUCACUGCUGGGCAGGAAAACCUGUUUGGAAUUGGGAUUAAUUGAAAGAAUCAUGAAUUUGCAUCGAUCUGAUGGUGACAACGAAAGUGGCGAUGACAUUCUCAAUCAUUAUCCAGACUUAUUUUCUGGUCUUGGUUGCAUUCAGUCAGUUGGAAAACAUCACAUUGAAGUAGAUCCUAAUAUAAAGCCAGUCAUUCAUCCACCAAGAAAAGUACCUGCUGCAUUGCGCCACAGAAUACUAAAGGAAUUGGAACGGAUGGUAGAUCUCGGGGUGAUUGAAAAACAGUCUGAGCCAACCAGUUGGGUAAACAGUAUGGUAACUGUCGUUAAACCCAACAAGUUAAGAAUAUGCAUUGAUCCUCGUGAUUUAAAUCGAGCCAUCCGACGUGAGCACUACCCACUGCCAACUGUUGAAGAGGUUGUAUCGCGACUUCCAAAGGCCCGGGUAUUUUCUACCCUUGAUGCCAGUUCUGGUUUCUGGCAAAUAGAGCUUGAUGAUAGCAGUUCCACAUUGUGCACCUUCAAUACUCCAUUUGGAAGGUAUCGCUUUAAGAGACUUCCAUUUGGCAUUUCGUCAGCUCCAGAGGUUUUCCAGAAAGUUAUGACAACACUGCUCGAAGGACUUGAUGGAGUUGAAUGCAUCGCAGAUGACAUUUUGGUAUGGGGGAAGGAUAUCAGCCAACAUAACCAACGCUUGAGGUCUGUCCUUGAUCGGUGUCAAGAAAGGAACUUGAAACUGAAUCGUGAGAAAUGUGAGAUCCAACGCACUCAGCUAACCUAUGUGGGUCAUUUACUUACUGCUGAUGGUUUACAACCUGAUCCGGAGAAGAUACGUGCAAUCCAACAGAUGCCAGAACCAGCUGAUAAGCAAGCUGUUAUGAGAUUCAUGGGUAUGGUCCAGUAUUUAGCAAAGUUUUUACCAAAUUUGUCAGAAAUCAGUGCACCAUUGCGAAGUCUUCUUGAAAGUAAGACAGAAUGGCAUUGGGGAGAGUCUCAGAAGAAGAGUUUCCAACAGCUGAAAUCUCUAGUUGCUUCAACACCAGUGCUGAAGUACUAUGAUGUCAAUUGUCCUGUAACAUUGUCGGUCGAUGCCAGUUCACAUGGCCUUGGUGCAGUGAUAAUGCAAGAUCAACAACCCAUUGCCUAUGCAUCAAGAGCCCUUACUAGUAAUCAGCAAAAAUAUGCUCAAAUUGAAAAAGAACUGCUUGCUGUAGUCUAUGGUUGCAGCAAGUUCCACCAGUACAUCUACGGCCAAACGGUAAAAGUGGAAACCGAUCAUAAACCACUUGAAGCCAUCUUUCGAAAGCCCUUGCACCAGACGCCACUUCGAUUGCAGAGAAUGUUGCUUCAGCUUCAACGUUACAGUCUGGAAGUAACCUACAAACCUGGCAAAGAAAUGUACCUCCCUGAUACAUUAAGCCGAGCGCAUUUAAAUGAAGAGAAAGAAAGUCUUCUUGAUGAAGAAUUAGAAGUUUGUCUUUUGGAUCUGGAACUGCCAAUUUCUCCAGAGAAACUAAAAGAAUUUCAAGAUGCCACAGAUCAAGACACAGCCUUACAGAACUUGAAGACCGUAAUAUUGAGCGGGUGGCCUAAUACGAGAAGUCAAGUACAUCCCGACAUUCGAGAGUUCUGGUCGUACCAAAAUGAGCUCACUUAUAUGCACCAGUUAUUGUUCAGAAAUCAGAAGUUAAUUGUUCCGAAGGUCCUGAGAGGUGAAAUGCUUAAAAGAAUACAUCAAGCUCAUUUGGGAAUCGUCAAAUGUAAGCAGAGAGCACGUGAAAUACUCUUUUGGCCCGGCAUGGGAAAUGAAAUCGAAGAAAUGGUUUCAAAGUGUCCAACUUGUAACGAAAACAGGAACAGUAACAUCAAACAGCCCUUGACUCCUCAUGAGAUACCAGACCGGCCAUGGGCAAAGAUAGGAGUUGAUUUAUUCGAGUUCAAGAACACUAACUAUCUUCUGUGUGUCGACUACUAUUCUAAAUUUCCAGAAGUAGCUAAGCUUCCGAGUUUAAAGAGUUCAGCAACCAUCACUGCAUUAAAGUCAAUUUUUGCCCGUCAUGGAAUACCGGAUGAGGUCGUCAGCGAUAAUGGACCACAGUUCGCAAGUGUUGAAUUCAAGAACUUUUCCGAAGUUUGGGAGUUUCUUCACAUCACUUCGAGCCCUGGGUAUCCUCAGUCCAAUGGACAGGUUGAAAGAACAGUCCAAACAGUAAAAAAAUUACUAAAGAAAGCUGAUGAAAGUGGCCAAGAUCCCUAUUUAUCAAUACUGGAAUACCGUAAUAGUCCUUUGGAUAGCGUUAAUAAAUCGCCAGCACAACUGCUUAUGAGUCGCAGAUUGAAGAGUCGUCUUCCGACCAUUACACCAUUGUUACAGCCACAAAUCCAACAAAAUGUUGUGGAAAAAUUGCGAUCAAGUCAGCAAAUCCAAAAGAAAUACUAUGACAUUGGGUCAAGAGUUCUACCGCCCCUUCGCAAAGGAGAGGCUGCAAGAAUGCAAAGGAAAGGAAAGUGGGUACAAGUGACUGUCAUUGAGCAACAUGAUACGGCACCACAAUCGUAUCUGGUACAGACUCAAGAUGGUCAAAUAUUCAGACGAAAUCGACGACACCUUUUAAAGACUAAUGAAAGGCAGUGUGACUCAUUCAAUGAGGACUCAGAAGAGGAUACCCCACAGACAGAACACGUACCACUGCAGACAGAACAUUUACCAGUUGAAGAAGAGAAGCACGCAAAUACAGAAGGAAUCCAGAUCACGAGAUAUGGACGCAGAGUGCGUAAGCCACAGCGUUACGGAGUGAAUCCAGAUUGA